UACCCUCCCCCCGACGAGGCGGCGAUGCGAAAGGGAGAGGUUCAGGAUAAGAAGCAGGAUAAGAAGCAGAAGGAGGCCUCGGGCAGCUUGCGUCCCAAGGGUCUUCGGCGAAUGUUCAGGAAGGCGUCAUCCAGCAUGCUCGACAUCGACACCUCAGUCCAGAAAGACUUUGCUGGCGUGAGCCCCGCAUCGUCGACGUCCGGUGGGUCGGACGGUGCACGCGAUCGCGCCGAGAUCAUGCGCAGAAGGCAGGGAUACCUCGGAGCGUACCCCAGAAAGAACUCCGCGGGUAGUUCGGUGUGA